AUGGCAGAUCCGCCAAAGAAAGCUUGGAAGCAAAGCACGGUGCUUUCUGAUCUUCCUGAAGAAUUGCUGGCUGAGAUUCUGUCAAGAUUCCGAGUCAGGACGCUUCGCAAGUUAAGGUUAGUAUGCAAACAAUGGUACAACCUCUUGUCAAACCUUGAAAUCUUCUGGACUUUACACCACGAAAAAUCCCAGAAAAAUCCAGUGCUAGUUUAUUUGAGCCAAAAGCACGAGAAAGAGGGAACCGGGUGUGUUACCUCCUGCAAGAUAUGCGGUAUAGAUGGGAAUGGAGUUGUCACGUUCGACCAUUCUCUUCCUUCACUCGUACAUGGGCGGGAUGAUCGUCGUGAAAUUUAUGAAAUAGUUCCAUCAUUUUCACUACAAUGCCGAGAUUUUAUAUGGUUAUCAAGUCCAGAUAUGUUUUAUAUAUAUAAUCCUAACAUUCCAAAACUCAUCGACUUGCCAGAGGUCACCCCCAAUAUUGACAAUUCGAACUGGAUGGCAGGGGGUGUUGGAUUCGAUCCCACCAGGAAUGAGUAUAUUAUUGUCCAUUUAAUCUUUGGCUUGCCUGAUUCUUCUACAGAUGGUUGUCAACUUCCUAUUGCUGGUUGUGAGAUUUUGAGUUUUUGUAGUACUAAUGUCUCCACCAAGAAUUCUUCUAAAAAAGGUAGAUGGAGAAAAAUUGCUCAGAAGUGCUGUCCUUUCAAAAUCGAUGAAGUUAUUAAUCAAUGGGGAACUUUUGUCGAUGGUGUCUUUUAUUGGACAAUUUUUGUCAGGAAAAACGAGGAGAAUAUCCUCUCCUUGGGUUUAAACAAAGAAAAAUUCGAAAUAAUCCCUCCGCCCCCUGCAGAAGGGACAUCUUUGCCUUGUGGAUCCAGCUGCGGAGCCUUCAGCAGUGGAAAUAUGGAUGUUAAGGAGUUUGAGGAGAAGAUUACUGAAGCAUCAUGGACAAAGGAGUAUAGCAUUUCUCUGCCUGGUUUUGAUAUUGAAAAAGAAUGGUUACAUCCACUUGGGGAUAGAGAUGGUGAUGGUGGCUUAAUUGUUUAUACAACAAGUAGGAUUGAGGAUGAAGACUCAGAACUCCCAUUGGAGUAUGUCCCACAAUGUUCUGUGUUGUACUACAACAAACAGAACAACACUUUUGGGAGAUUGGAGGAGGACACAAACUUGAAGUUAGCAGCUUUAUCAAUUAUAAGGUGGCGAUUGUGUCUUUACACUGAUAACUUCUACGUCUUUGGAGGCAGCUAA